GAGAACUCUGCAGAUGAGUACUUGACCAUCUUUCACCCAGUCUCCAGCAAUGCAAGAGUGCUGUUCCCAUCCCAUCUGAAGAGGUUUGAAGUGAAAAUGUUUUCCUUCACAAGUGGCCGGGAUGCACUGAAAGGACAGAUUUACUUCCACUGCGGUGUUGUGAUAUGUGAUUCAAACCGGCCAUCAGACAGCCUCUGUAGCAGACGGUGCAUUCCAGGGAAACAGAGGCUUGGUCGCAGUGCUGAAGGGAUGGAUGGUGGUGCAGUAAAGGUGUUUGUGUCUUCUGGCCCAAUUGAGCUGAAGAGAGAUGGAUCCCUUCCCUUUAUGCCUAGAAGUGCCCAAUUCAAUGUGUGGUCCCUUCUGGGAGCUGCAAUGGGUGUGUGUUCAGUGGUUAUCUUUGUAGCUGGAGUUGUAUCUUUCUGGAAACUGCCAAAAAGUGUGUAUUGAUAAAUAGAAAUCUUACUUGUAAAAGCUUA